UGUAUGUGUGCAUAUAUCAAUAAAUAUAUGCAUUAGCUUCAUAAGUUUCAUAAGCUAUUUAAAUUUUAAUAAAGAGUAAUGAAAAAUUUAGCUAAUGCACUAGGGCAUUCGGGACAAAAUGAAUCCACCUUCAUCGAAAAUGACUUGGGAUUUAUUUCUAGCCAAGAGUACUGUUCUUUUCAUUUCAGAGUACAUCCUUUAGCACCAUAUUGCCAUUAUGUCAAAUAAAUUAUAUUUGCAUAAGAAAUCAUGCAAAUGUGCUGCGAAACUCCAGAAGAUUUAAUCUCCAAAAAAACACACAACGUUGAUUUUUGGUCAUUUCAAAUCUGAGUUUACAACUUUCUCUAACAAAAUCUCUGUGCUAAACUAUUUAUGUGGGAUUGAAUUAAAGUAAUAAUUUACCCAAAAAUAAAACUGCUGUCAUUAUUUUCUCACUCUCAUUUUUGUGGUGCUUCAAGAUUGAAACAUGGGAAAGCACUGUGGAACAGUGGGUGUCUAAAAUUCCCUCAUAUAAAAGGCGGUCAGUGACCCCUCCACAGGAGACCGUGACUAAAUCUGAGCACUUUUGUUCAUCGUGGGGCUGUCUGGAGAACCACAGAGCCAACCGUUACAAACCCUGUGAGAUUCUCGUCUUUGCUGUAAUAACCUCUUUUUCUCUUUGCACUACAGGUGUUUGACAUUUCAGCAGAAACAACUUCAGGCUGAGACACGUUCAAUGAACUCCAUCAGGCAUCUGACAAGAAAACCAUAUUUUUCUCUAUUAGGAUGGCUGGAAACAUCUUGAGAAGGCUGUGAGAACAACGUUUGCUCAAAGACAUAAAAUUGUAUGUGUUGCACCUGGUGAUGAAAGAGAAUUGGAAAAAUUGUCACAUUUUUAGGCACAAGUUAAAAUUAUACUAAACAUUCCAAUUUUUUCUCUUGCCUAUUUUCAGAUCAAGCUUAAGUUUCCACUUGGUGGAAAUGAAAAUCUCCAUAUACCCUAAUGAUCACUCAGAACAAACCACUCAGAAAUACCCUGACAGCCAGCCAGUACAUCCUAGCAACCACACUGCAACACCCUGGCAUCAACCCAGAACACCUUAGUAAGACUCUGGCAUCAACCCAGAACACCCUAGCAACCACUUACAACACCCAGGCACCCUAGCCACCACUUACUGUAGCAACACCCAGGCAGCCACCCAGAACACCUUAGUUAUGCCCUGGCAUCAACCCAGAACACCUUAGCAACCACUUAGCAACACCCUGACCGCCAAGCACCCUAGCCACUACUUAGCAACACCCAGGCAGCCACCCAGAACACCUUAGUAAUACACUGGCAUCUACCCAGAACACCCUAGCAACCACUUAGCAACACCCUGGCAUCUAGGCACCCCAGGCACCACUUAGCAACACCCUGGCAGCCACCCAGAACACUUUAGUAAUGCUCUGGCAUCAACCCAGAACACCCUAGCAACCACUUACAACACCUUGGCACCCAGGCACCCUAGCCACCACUUACUGUAGCAACACCCAGGCAGCCACCCAGAACACUUUAGUUAUACCCUGGCAUCAACCCAGAACACCUUAGCAACCACUUAGCAACACCCUGGCUGCCAAGCACCCUAGCCACUACUUAGCAACACCCAGGCAGCCACCCAGAACACCUUAGUAAUACACUGGCAUCAACCCAGAACACCCUAGCAACCACUUAGCAACACCCUGGCAUCUAGGCACCCCAGGAACCACUCAGCAACACCCUGGCAGCCACCCAGAACACCUUAGUAAUGCUCUGGCAUCAACCCAGAACACCCUAGCAACCACUUACAACACCCUGGCACCCAGGCACCCUAGCCACCUCUUACUGUAGCAACACCCAGGCAGCCACCCAGAACACUUUAGUUAUACCCUGGAAUCAACCCAGAACACCUUAGCAAUCACUUAGCAACACCCUGGCAUCUAGGCAUCCCAGGCACCACUUAGCAACACCCUGGCAGCCACCCAGAACACUUUAGUAAUGCUCUGGCAUCAACCCAGAACACCCUAGCAACCACUUACAACACCCUGGCACUCAGGCACCCUAGCCACCACUUACUGUAGCAACACCCAGGCAGCCACCCAGAACACUUUAGUUAUACCCUGGCAUCAACCCAGAACACCUUAGCAACCAUUUAGCAACACCCUGGCUGCCAAGCACCCUAGCCACUACUUAGCAACACCCAGGCAGCCACCCAGAACACCUUAGUAAUACACUGGCAUCAAUCCAGAACACCCUAGCAACCACUUAGCAACACCCUGGCAUCUAGGCACCCCAGGCACCACUUAGCAACACCCUGGCAGCCACCCAGAAGACCUUAGUAGUACCCUGGCAUCAACCCAGAACACCCUCGCAAACACUUAGCAACACCCUGGCCACCAAGCACAAUAACCACCACUUAGCAACACCCAGGCAGCCAGAUGUACACCUUAGUAAUACCCUGGCAUCAACCCAGAACACCCUAGAAACCACUUAGCAACACCCUGGUAGCCAGGCACCCUAGCCACCAUUAAGCAACACCUUGGUAGCCACCCAGAACACCUUAGUAAUGCCCUGGCAUCAACCCAGAACACCAUAGCAACCACCUAGCAACAGCCUGGCACCUAGGCACCCUAACCACCAUUAAACAACACUAUGGCAGCCACCCAGAACAACCUAGCAACCACUGAACAACACCCUGAUAGCACCUUAUCAAUACCCUGGCAUCAAUCCACCCAGAGCAACUUAGCAACACCCUGAAAGCCAUCCAGAACACCUUGAACACCUUAGUAACAUCCUGGGAGCCAUCUAGAACACCCUAGCAACUACUGAACAGCCCCUGGCAACCCCCUAGAAAACCAAACACUUAUCAGUACCAUGGUAUCCACCCAGAUCAUCCACUUAGCAACACCCUUGCAGCCACCCAUAACACCUUAACAACACCUAAGAACACCCUGGAAAAUACUCAGAGAAACCCAGAACAUCUUAGCUAGCGCCACCCUGGCAAACAACCAGAACACCUUAGUAACAACCUUGCAACCAUCCAGCAGAACCUACAACCAAUGAGCAACAAUAACUUUAAGCAUUUUUAAGUAAACUAUUCAAAGUUUAUGUCAUGUUCACCUGUGAUGGCUUUGAAGUCAAUGUGUUAUCAGUAGUUCCUCACAGCCCAACAAUAUUGAACCAGAGCAAAAAUGAAAAUGGAGAGAGGAAGUGCACACAAAAGCACCAUUAUCAGCUGGUUCCAUCUGAACAAUCACAUCUGUGUGUGGAUAAGGACAGAUGGAUAUGGCUGCCUUGAAGGCGUGGGGUUUCAGGCAGAUUGUUGCAAUUCUUCACCAGAUUUGAAAGCCUUUGCGGCACUGAUGCUCGUUAAGCCCAUUGCCCUUUUGAAACCAAUUUCGGUGUCUCUGCACUCAUGCCUGUGCGAAUAUGUGGUCAGUUUGCUUUUUCAAGCUGUCGCGCCUCAUGCGGCGCUUGGCUCAGUCUGGAUUACGACAGCACUUUCCCUGCUCUAGGUCACCAGGAUCAGCUCUCGCUCAACACCACAGCCAUACAUAUAAUCCCAUCAGCCCCAGCAUGGAAGAAGAGGAUUUCAGGGUGACUAUGAGGAAUUUGAGAGAAGAUUAGGCCACUGGAUAUCUCAUUCCGCCUCACAAAUGGAUCAUCAAAUCGGUCACAGUCUCGUGCAGGUCAGGACAGAGGAAAAACAAACACGGACGGCCUGAUGAUUCGGCAAAAGCACACACAGGAAAUUAUGGCAUCAGUUAUUCAGGAAAGUUUGCCCUGCCUUGGGAAAAAUGCAAUGAUCCAUCUAAAUAGCUGUGGCAUUCAGCUGGUGUCUAAAAAGGGCCGUCUCUCACGCACACCUGCCCUCCAUCUGUUACCGACACAUGCUGAGGAACCUGUUUGCUUGACACUCUCCUCAUCCUCCUCCUCCUUCUCCUCUUCCUCCUCCAUACAGGAUCAGGGUAGAGCUCCUGCUCAGCCCUCAGAGCAAGAGAAAGAGGCUGAGAAUCUGCCCCCGAGACGCCCUCUGAAACUCGCUCCGCUAGAGCUCCCCCUAGAGGUGAGAGAGGCACAGCGGCAGAAGAUCAAAAGCGCUCAGGAGGCCAAAGUUGCGCCCUGUAAGUCUGCUGAGACGUAUCCAAGAAAAGCAAAGGUUUGUUGGCAGGAAGGCCCAGCCAAGUCACCAGAGCGCCUCCCGCUGAGUACCAUCACAGAACACCACAAAACACUGCUACCUGUCAAUCAAGUCAAGGUUGGUUCUGAUAGGCCAGCAGGGAAGGAGGCGGGGCAAGGGGAAGGUAAUCCGUCAGUUCGCUCGGCACAUGCUCUCGAGAACAUCUGCCAAUCAGAGCACGGCAACAGCCAAUCAGCCGCUCCCGCUAAGAACCAGGAUGCAGUCAAAAGGCGUCUAAGACUGAGAAGGACUCAGCGGCUAGAGGAGGAUCAGAGCAAAUCCAGCUCAUUAACAGGUGGAUUAUCUGCUGAUGAGAGCAAACAGGCCUCAGCCGGCCCUGGUCAACGCGCCUCCGAGAAGGCCAUCAGAGAUGCCAGCCGUGUGCUGGAAAAGGCAUCAUGGAGGAAUCCACGGGAACCUGGGAUUUGUGAGAUGGAGGCAGUGGGUAAAGUUGGGAGAAAGAUGGCUGUUAAUGACAUUCAGGAAGCCGUGUUCUGACUCUUUGACCCGAAGAGGAAGUGCAACACACGGUGUUGGGGUUAGAGACUUGAACAUGGCAAUAUAACCAUGUCUGCAGAGGAUUUUCCCUCUUGGGUUUAGCUCAGUAAUGUAGAAAACAGCACAACAUUCCUGAUCCAAAUAUGGGUGUAUAAGUAUAUAUAAGGGAUUAUGUACAAUGAGUCAGUCAAAUUUUGAACAUAAAAUUUCAGAAAAGUUGUAAUAUAAAAUUUAAUGUCUUAAUGUACUAUGAUUAAUUAACUGGAGAAGUAUGGUAAUGUUUAUUAUUUUUAAAAAUACCUAUGCUUUAAAAUAUUGAUUAUAUUGAAUAUUGAUUUAUGCACUUUUUUAUUAUUAUACAAAAUUACCUGUAGAACACUAUGACUGACCAAUCAGAAUCCAGUAAUAAAAUCCAUUUAUAUAAAAUGAUUAUCGUUGCUAAAACAUUGACAGCUUGCGCAAAGGAUUUGUCAAUACUGUUCACGGCAGCCAAUAAAAAUUUAAAUGAUCA